UCAGAAAUGGUUAUUUAUAUAAUAUAGUGAUAGGGGUGUUAUUAUAAAUUGUUUUUUAAUUUAACUAGGCAAGUCAGCUAAGAACAAGUUAUUAUUUACAACGACGGCCUAGGAACAGUGGGUUAACUGCCUUGUACAGGGGCAGAACGACAGAUGUUUACCUUAGCUCUGGGAUUCGAUCUUUCGGUUACUGGCCCAACGCUCUAGGCUACCCGCCGCUCCAAUAAUGUAGUGAUAGGAACGACAAAUCAAUAUGAAGGAUAGCUAAAUAAUAGCAAAUAUUGUAAGGAUCGAAAAGGUUGUUGUGGCACAAUUUUGCAAAGACUCUUACACAUUGGGAUAUAGUUUCAAGAACGCUCUUAGCACGUAAUGCAACGCAGCAAUUUUGAAUGCAACCCUCAUCUUAGUUCCAAACUACGCAGUUCCGGUCUGUAUUUCCGGCAUAACAAAAAUGGCGUCCUCCACUAAUGAAGGAAGCGUGAAUGAAACGCGGUCGGGGAAGAAGUCGAAAAAGAAUACAAACCAAGUGGAUGAAUCUCAACUCUUCACUGUUCCCGAUGGAUGGAAGGAGCCAGCAUUCACAAAAGAUGACAACCCCAAAGGUCUACUGGAGGAGAGCAGUUUCGCCACUCUCUUUCCGAAGUAUAGAGAGGCAUACCUGAAAGAAUGCUGGCCACUGGUGCAAAAAGCAUUAGGCGAUUCACACAUCAAGGCCACCCUGGAUUUGAUCGAGGGCAGCAUCACGGUUUGCACCACCAAAAAGACCUUUGACCCAUAUGCCGUUGUGAGGGCACGGGACCUCAUCAAGCUGUUGGCCAGAAGUGUGCCUUUUGAGCAGGCCGUGCGUAUUUUGGAGGAUGACAUGGCGUGUGACAUCAUCAAAAUUGGCACGCUGGUCAGAACCAGAGAACGGUUUGUGAAGAGGAGGCAGAGACUCAUCGGACCUAAAGGAUCUACACUCAAGGUGCGUCUUGUUCAACCAUGCAGCCAGGGAGAGCGUUCAAUGGGAUACAUACAGCUCAACAGGAGACCAGAGCAGCUCAACGGAAGACCACAGCAGCCCAACGGGAGACCACAGCAGCUCAACGGGAGACCACAGCAGAUCAACAGGAGACCACAGCAGCUCAACAGGAGACCACAGCAGCUCAACAGGAGACCACAGCAGCUCAACAGGAGACCACAGCAGCUCAACAGCAGACCACAGCAGCUCAACAGAGCAGCUCAACAGGAGACAGCAGCUCAACAGACCACAUCAACAGGAGACCACAGCAGCUCAACAGGAGACCACAGCAGGGAGACCACAGCAGCUCAACAGGAGACCACAGCAGAUCAACAGGAGACCACAGCAGCUCAACAGGAGACCACAGCAGCUCAACAGGAGACCACAGCAGCUCAACAGGAGACCACAGCAGCUCAACAGGAGACCACAGCAGAUCAACAGGAGACAGCAGCUGGAGACCACAGCAGCUCAACAGGAGACCACAGCAGCUCAACGGGUGUCAUGGAAUUAUUGUAA